GAGAGAGAGAGAGAAGAGAGAGAGAGGUUCGGGCCGGUUGUGCCGUUGCGAGGCGCAUCGCGGCCUAGAACUGCAUCCUAACUUUGUAAAUUGAAGAAGUCAGCAGCUUAAGUAUUGACAGUAAAAAUACUGUCAGUAUUUUUUACAGGGAGUGUCUGUUUGGGAUCCGCUACAAGUGGAAUCAUAAUUCAAAUAAGGAAUAGUUGAAAAGUAACCCUUCAAAGAUGUCAAAAACAAACAAAUCCAAGUCUGGAUCUCGCUCUUCACGGUCAAGAUCAGCUUCAAGGUCUCGUUCUCGUUCAUUUUCAAAGUCUCGUUCCCGAAGUCGGUCUGUCUCACGCUCAAGGAAACGCCGACUGAGUUCUAGGUCUCGUUCCAGAUCAUAUUCUCCAGCUCAUAACAGAGAGAGAAACCACCCAAGAGUCUAUCAGAAUCGGGAUUUCCGAGGCCACAACAGAGGUUAUAGAAGGCCCUAUUAUUUCCGUGGGCGCAACAGAGGCUUUUAUCCUUGGGGCCAGUAUAACCGAGGAGGCUAUGGAAACUACCGCUCAAAUUGGCAAAAUUACCGGCAGGCAUACAGUCCUCGACGUGGUCGCUCCCGAUCUCGUUCCCCAAAGAGAAGAUCCCCUUCACCAAGGUCCAGGAGCCAUUCUCGAAAUUCGGAUAAGUCUUCCUCUGACAGGUCAAGGCGCUCCUCUACCUCUCGUUCUUCCUCCAACCACAGCCGAGUUGAGUCUUCUAAGCGCAAGUCUGCAAAAGAUAAAAAGUCCUCUUCCAAGGAUAGCCGGCCAUCUCAGGCUGCUGGUGACAACCAGGGAGAUGAGAGCAAGGAACAGACAUUCUCUGGAAGCACAUCUCAAGAUUCAAAAGCAUCUGACAGCUCAAAGCCAUGGCCAGAUGCAUCUGCUUACAGUGCUGGUUCUGCAUCCCGGGUCUCAGCAGUUUCAGAGCUGAGUCCAAGGGAGCGAAGUCCUGCUCUUAAGAGCCCCCUCCAGUCUGUGGUGGUGAGGCGGCGGUCACCACGUCCUAGUCCUGUGCCAAAACCUAGCCCUCCGCUUUCCAGCACAUCUCAGAUGGGCUCAUCUCUGCAGAGUGGUUCUGGUUACCAGGCUGGAGCACACCAAGGUCAAUUUGACCAUGGCUCUGGGUCCUUGAGUCCAUCCAAAAAGAGCCCUGUGGGUAAGAGCCCACCAACCACUGGUUCCACAUAUGGCUCCUCUCAGAAGGAUGAAGCUGCUGCUGGAGGGGUAGCCUAUUCGAAAAGGUAUUUAGAAGAGCAGAAGACAGAGAAUGGAAAAGACAAGGAACAGAAAACUAGUGAUAAAGAGAAAAUGAAAGAGAAAGGGAGCUUCUCAGACACAGCCUUGGGUGAUUCAAAAAUGAAGUCUGAUUCAUUUGCUCCCAAAACUGAUCUUGAGAAGCCUUUUCGGGGUAGCCAGUCUCCUAAGAGGUAUAAGCUUCGAGAUGACUUUGAGAAGAAGAUGACUGACUUCCAUAAAGAGGAAAUGGAUGAUCAAGAUAAAGACAAGUCUAAAGGAAGGAAGGAAUCGGAGUUUGAUGAUGAGCCCAAAUUUAUGUCAAAAGUUAUAACAGGUACAAACAAAAACCAGGAGGAGGAGAAGUCGGGCAAAUGGGAGGGUCUAGUGUAUGUACCUCCUGGGAAGGAAAAGCAGAGGAAAACAGAGGAGCUGGAAGACGAGUCUUUUUCAGAGAGAUCCAAAAAGGAUGAUCGGGGAGGCUCCAAGAGAACUGAGAGUGGACACCGAGGAUUUGUGCCUGAGAAGAAUUUCCGAGUGACCGCUUACAAAGCUAUCCAAGAGAAAAGCUCAUCACCUCCCCCCAGAAAGACAUCUGAGAGCCGAGACAAGCUUUCAGCCAAAGGAGACUUUACAGGGAAGUCAUCCUUUUCCAUUACUCGAGAGGCCCAGGUCAAUGUACGGAUGGACUCCUUUGAUGAGGACCUUGCAAGACCCAGUGGUUUGUUGGCUCAGGAACGUAAGCUUUCUCGGGAUCUAGUUCAUAGCAACAAAAAGGAACAGGAAUUUCGCUCCAUUUUCCAGCAUAUACAGUCAGCUCAGUCUCAGCGGAGCCCCUCAGAACUUUUUGCCCAGCAUAUUGUGACCAUUGUUCACCAUGUUAAAGAACAUCACUUUGGAUCCUCAGGAAUGACAUUGCAUGAACGCUUUACUAAAUACCUAAAGAGAGGAUCUGAGCAGGAGGCAGCUAAAAACAAGAAAAGCCCAGAGAUACACAGGAGGAUAGACAUUUCCCCCAGUACAUUCAGGAAACAUGGUUUGACUCAUGACGAAAUGAAAAGCCCUCGGGAACCUGGCUACAAGGCUGAGGGAAAAUACAAAGAUGAUCCUGUUGAUCUCCGUCUUGAUAUUGAACGUCGUAAAAAACAUAAGGAGAGAGAUCUUAAAAGAGGUAAAUCAAGAGAAUCAGUGGAUUCCCGAGACUCAAGCCGCUCGAGGGAAAGAUCAGCUGAGAAAACAGAGAAAACUCACAAAGGAUCAAAGAAGCAGAAGAAACACCGGAGAGCACGAGACCGAUCCAGGUCCUCCUCCUCUUCCUCCCAGUCGUCCCACUCCUACAAAGCGGAAGAGUACACUGAGGAAACUGAAGAGAGGGAAGAGAGCACAACAGGCUUUGACAAAUCAAGACUGGGGACCAAAGAUUUUGUGGGUCCAAGUGAAAGAGGAGGCAGAGCACGAGGGACCUUUCAAUUUAGAGCCAGAGGAAGAGGCUGGGGCAGAGGUAACUACUCUGGUAACAACAAUAACAACAGCAACAAUGAUUUCCAAAAGAGAAACCGGGAGGAGGAGUGGGACCCGGAGUACACACCUAAAAGCAAGAAGUAUUACUUGCAUGAUGACCGUGAAGGCGAAGGCAGUGAGAAGUGGGUGAGCCGGGGCCGGGGCCGAGGAGCCUUUCCCCGGGGCCGAGGCCGGUUCAUGUUCCGGAAAUCCAGCACCAGCCCCAAGUGGGCCCACGACAAGUUCAGUGGGGAGGAAGGGGAGAUCGAAGAUGAUGAGAGUGGGACAGAGAACCGUGAAGAGAAAGACAAUUUACAGCCCACAACUGAGUAAAGGCCAUUCUCACAGGAGCCUUUGCCCAGGGGGGAGGCACUGGGAAAACGGCUGGUGAGGAGCUAAAUAGUAGUAGCCUCAAGACUGUGUGAACAUCCCAUCCUUCCCCGCCCCACCAGCCAUGCAGAAUCCCACCAUGGCCAGAAAGCAUCCUAGUGCUGUGACCCGCUGGACCUAGGCAGCCGACUGGAGCUGGGGUCAGGCCCAGCUCUGAGCAGAACACCACAUUGGGCUUUAGCUGUUUUCCUUAUUAUUGGUGUGUGGGAUGGGGCUGGGUUCGGGGAGGGGAGAAUGAUACUUGGAUUUUGGUUUGUUACCUAUUACAGUUUUGUUCUUAAUUUCAUUUUGGAGCUAAGACGAAUACGAUUUUUGAUCUUUUCCCUGAUUUCCAAAGCUCCUUCCCCCUUUUUAGGUAAUGUAGUAACAUUAGUUAAUUUGGGCAACUUUGAUUCUAUAAAGAGAAAACAAAGCAUGUGAAUAAACAUUGAAGUGUUCACCUCAGUUUGGGACCAAACUGCUUGGAUCUUUGUAGAAAUCGGUUUUGUAUGUCAAGGAGGAGUUCAAGGCCUUUCUGUGCGUCCCCUUUUCUGUGCAGCCAUGUAUCAUGGUGACACUCCCAAACAUCCCGAGUGCUUCCCCCUUCCCUUAAUAGUUUCUGGAUUCUUCUGGGCUGGAAUUCUUCCCUUCACCAGCAGUUCUAGUAUCCCAACUUUAAAGUCCUGCUGACCCUCAGCUCAAAAAAGGGGUAGAAACUGGAUGGCAGUUCUUGGUCUGUUUUCUAAGAAACUUCUGAAUUCUAUUAUCUUUACAAAUAGAAGAUAAGAAAAUAAUUUUUCAAUAUUUUUAUUAAUCUUUUUAUAAAACGAAAACUCCUAUGAUGGAUUAAGGUGGUUAUAGUUGGGUGGUUUGUGGGGUUUUUUUGUUUUAUUGUUUUUUUUUUUUUUUUUUGUUUACUUUUUCUUUUUAAGCUUUAAGUUGAAACAGAUGUUGGCAGGAGUCAUCCUUUUAAGAUGGUCCUGUGCUUGCCUUCUGGGGAGGCCGUCCUGAGCAGGCGAGUCAUGAGGCUUUCUUGCAUAUGUUGAUAUGUAGGUUGCAUCCUUUCUCCCCACCUCUAAUCUUUGCCUCUUGGGUUGUGCUACUUACUUUGCUACAUUUCUAUGGGUAAGACUUGGUUUAUUUGAAUGAUUCAUGUUUAGGGGAAAAAUGAAAACUUAAAAAAUUUGUUUCAACUCCUCCUACAAAUAAAAAAUAAAUGAAGUGGCAGAU